AUGAUCAUCUCCUCCCGACUCCUCCUCCGGCGCCUGCGACAGAGGAGGCGCCCCCUUCUCUCCCUGCUACUCUUCCUCUUCACCAUCGACGUCAUUCUCCUCCUUCGCCACCGACCACGAACCUCCCGAGUUACCAUCCCAUCCCUCGAGCGCCAUGGCCUUGGGAGCGACAUGGCCGCGCCCGCCGCCGCCGGCAAUGAGACCUUCUUCAUAGUCUCGGUCCACCGGAACACCGGGGACAUCCUCCCGGCCUGGAGCUCCGCCGUGCUCGCCCUCAUCGACCACCUCGGCCCGGAGAACGUGUACUUCUCGGCCCUCGAGUCGGGCUCGCAAGACGACACCAAGGACAAGCUGACGGCCCUCAAGGCCCGGCUCGACGCGCGCCACGUCCCCAACACCGUCACUCUCGGACAGACGGUCUGGCAGCAGCUCGACGAGAUGUGGGCGCGCCCGGCCCCGGACGCCCCACGCCAGGAGGGCUGGAUCUGGAACCAGGAGGACAAUGUGUACGACCUGCGGCGGAUCACGUACCUGGCGCGCGAGCGCAACCGCGCCAUGGAGCCGAUGCGCGAGCUGCAGGAGCGCCAGGGCGUCACGUUCGACAAGGUGCUGUGGCUGAACGACGUCAUCUUCGACGUGGAGGACUUUCUGACGCUGCUGCACACGCGCGGCGGCGCCUACGCGGCGGCCUGCAGCAUGGACUACAAGCGCCCGCCGGCGUACUACGACACGUUCGCGCUGCGCGACGGCGAGGGCCGCAAGACGGCCAGCAACUACUGGCCGUGGUUCCAGGGCGGGCCCUCGCGGGCGGCGGCGCUGCGCUCGGAGCCGGUCCGCGUGGCGUCGUGCUGGAACGGCAUGGUCAUCUUCGACGCGGCGCCCUUCCUCAGCAGCGCCGACGACGGCCCGCCGCUGCGCUUCCGCGCCAUCCCCGACGCCCUCGCCGACCUGCACCUCGAGGGCAGCGAGUGCUGCCUCGUCCACGCCGACAACCCGCUCAGCGCCGCGGCCGCCGGGGGCGUCUGGCUCAACCCCAACGUGCGCGUCGGCUACAGCGUCCCCGCGUACAACGCCGUCCGCGCCAGGCACGGCGAGCAGUUCCCGGGUGCGUGGGCGACGGUCACCGGGGCGUGGGCCAACCGCUGGCUGAGGUGGAGGGGCAGCCUGUCGCAUCAUGUCGAGGGCGCCACCGUCGCGAAGAGGCUGAGGCAGUGGGUCGCCGAUGCGCCCGAGGGAGAGCCGCGGCGGGAGCCUGGUGUUUCCUGUCUCAUCAAUGAGAAGCAGAUCAUGUGGAUGAACGGGUGGCGUCAUCUAUGA